AUGGCCUUCAACCAACAAAGCCAUCACCCAAUUGACAGCGCCGCAUACCCCUCCGACUCAAAUUACUCCCCAGCUGGUCAUCCCUCGAGCUCCAUCAACAAUGCCGCCUACCCUUCAGACUCGUCCUACCGGCCUUCCGACCCGACGAUGCCUACCGACGACAAGCUCGCCAUGCCCAACGCCCGCUAUUCCCAGUCGUACAACGCGGGCCCCGGUGCCACCAACAACAUUGGCAACAGCGGACAAGCGCCCUACCCGUCAUAUCCUGCUAACGCCCAGACUCAGCAAGGUUGGGCUCGCUCGCCCACCCACGAUCCGCUGUUGGGCCCCUACUCGCCCGCGCGUGGGCCGAUAACCCCGUGGAGCCCAGACGGCAUGUCCGCCGCGAACCCCAACCUGCCGCCGCCGCCGCCGUAUGACCCAUCAAGGCCGGGGUCCGGCACGAACCCCUCGACCCCUCGAGACCCUGUGUCCCCACACUCGUCGGAGCACGCGCUACUCGGCGCACAGCAAUCCCACCAGCAGCAGAACGCGGCGCAUCCCCCGCGGUCACGGGGCGACUACUCGAGAACCUCGCAACAGUCCCCCGCGCCGGCGGCUGCGUACGUCGCCAACGCGACGUCGGGGCAAGGGGAACGGGGCGGACCGCGCGCGCACCUGCAAUCCAUGACGGGUGGCAUGCCGGCUUACGGCAACAGUCCCGGACAGCUCGGCCCUGUCGCACAGGCGAGGCGGCGGAGAAAGGUGAAGCUCGGUAUCCUCGCCGGCGUUCUCUGCGCCGUAUUGCUGUUCCUGGUCGCUCUGGUGGUGGGUGUCUUGGUCGGCGUGGUCAAGGUGAACAACAAGAACGACAAGCCGCCGCAGCAAGGUCCGCCGAGGUUUUGA